ACAAAACUAUUACUGCGACAUAUCAUCUGUAAGAGAAAAAAAAGAUAUUCGUAACUAAGUCAUAGUGAGCUAUGACCUACAUUUGAAAAACUAAAGUUGGUGCUGAUAUCUCAAAUUCUAGAAGUGUUGGUAUAAAUUUCAUAUUUUUUUCGAAAUCAGUUUUAAAAACUGACAUGAGAAUGUGAAAUUCCUAUUUGAAUAUUAUCAUAAAUAAAGAAGUUACGGAGGAGACAUGAAAAUGAUCAAAAUCUGUUUUUUGCGUAUAAAACAAAAACGUAUAGAUUUUAUCAAAAUAUUUUUUCACAUUAUAGUUGGCCUUGACAAACUCCACAUUUGGUGUCAUUUAACCGACCUCGUAUCUCUCACCGUUAAAAAGAUACCCAUGGUGAGCAUGGUAAGUGGGACACACUGUAUAUACGUCGGUGAACCAAACACCCUGUAUAGAUAAGUCCGUAUUGAGGUGGACUUGAAUCCUACCUUCAAUGUGAAAUUGAUUUUGGCAACAUUGGACUACUGACACUUGACAGCGACAUCCUGACAUCACCAACAUAACCUUACAUUAUGAUAUAACGACAACAAAAUAUCGAUAUUAUUUUAGAUUAUACAUUAGAAAGAAAAUGUCCUGCAGUUUCUCUAAAAUAUUUUCGGCUGCUAGAACGGGCUCAAAAUUCGUGAGACCUACUUAUCAUCCAGGACACCACCACCAGAGGCUCUUGGGGAGCCCCCCAAAAGAUGGAUACCUCUAUGUAAACAACAAGGUACCUAGUAUGGAUUUCAAUGACAUAACUGAUCGUGCUGCCCAAACGAUGUUCUUUACUGAACUUGUCAGAGGCUUUGGGGUAACUCUUGCCCACAUUUUCAAGGAACCAGCCACUAUCAACUACCCAUUUGAAAAAGGGCCUUUGAGUCCCAGGUUCAGAGGGGAGCAUGCCUUAAGAAGGUAUCCUUCUGGAGAAGAGAGAUGCAUUGCUUGCAAGCUCUGUGAAGCUAUAUGCCCAGCACAAGCUAUUACUAUUGAGGCAGAAGAACGUGCUGAUGGUUCUAGGCGUACCACAAGGUAUGACAUUGAUAUGACCAAGUGUAUUUACUGUGGCUUUUGCCAAGAGGCUUGCCCAGUAGAUGCAAUUGUUGAAGGGCCCAAUUUUGAAUUUUCUACUGAAACCCAUGAGGAGUUGUUGUACAAUAAGGAAAAACUUUUGAAUAAUGGAGAUAAAUGGGAAUCUGAGAUUGCUGCUAACAUUCAUGCAGAUCACUUGUAUAGAUAAAUUGGCCUCUAGUAGAAUACCUAUAUGAAAUGUUGUAUAGUAUUUAAUUGUAUCUAAUUAAAUGUAAUUGACCAUUCUUGUGUCUUAUUAACCAAGAAGAAACUUCAUUUCAUCAUUAUAUAGUUUAUUCAGUAUCAAAUGAUUAUUGGUUUUGCCAUGUUUUUGACAUGAAAACCUGUAACAGAUCUAUUGUUACUAUUCUGAAAUUAUUUUUAAAAAAU